CUGUUAUACUGUUUUGUACCACUAUAUACAGUAUAUUAAUUGUAAUGCAUUCAGUCAGGGAAGACAGUGCAUGAAAUCUAUUUUGCAAGCGAGCUGAAAAUGUAGCUAUGAUUAAUUGAUAAAUGGUUGAAAUUGCUAAAAGUAAUGAAGACAUAGCUUGACGGACACACUGUUUAAAUAUUUAACUAAUGUACACAGAGCUGUAAUGUUAAAUGUUCAAAAGGAAGGGAUGAAUGGUAUCAAACAGGCUAAUGGUUGAAAUAUGGAGUUAAAAGAAAUUCAUAGAUCAUAGUUUGAAAAGUUCUAUAAACAGUUGUGGGGUUUUCCUUAAUAAUAUUGUCAGAUCUCACUUUAUAAUGUAACUAUGUGAUUUGGUGCCAUACAGAUACGUCUGAAUUGAAAUAGUUAGCCAAUAGUUAGGAAUAAACUGUUGAAAUAGUCUGUUAAAAGGUUAAAAUAUUUAAUUACUGAUUUAAUACGACUUGAUUAAUGAUUACGGCUGUGGCUCUAUUACACCCCAGUGCAAACGCUCUUAAUUGAAUAUGUGUAACUAGUUGAGAUGCCGUUAAAUCAGUUAAAGGAUUUUAAAGAAUGUUACUUUACAUUGCAUGCCUGGUGUUUUCCUGUUUUGGCCCAGGUGACCCCAGUUUUGUCAGUUCAAACAUUAUUCACACUGGCAGUGACAUGUCUACCUCAGCUAUAUGCACAUCCACAUCCUGCAGACCAAACACACUGAGGAAUCCCGCGGGAAAUAUUUUUCCUUGCAUCCAUGGCUGGAAUGAUGCCAUAACUUUAAAGUUUUAAGUAACAACUCAUAAGGAUCAAUGAGGAAGUUGUCUCCUCUUGUAAGAUCCGUUCCCUUCCCAGUUGUGAGUCAUAUGAAAUCUGGUGUCAGCUGCGGUUUUUUAAGAAUGAAAAAGUAGAAGUUGCGCUGGCUUUUUUUGACCAGCUCACCUCCGGCCCACUCACACACUCCGUGACUCACUGAUCCUGGGUGGAAGUGACAGGCGGCACAUUCUGCCCACACUUCUCUGCCGUGGACAUUCGUGUCAGCAUCUGUGUGCGUGCGUGUGAGCCGAUUACUGUGAAUUGUGUUUGAGUGUUUCUGGACAGGAACAACAAUUAUUGUACAUUGUUGGCAACAGCAGCAACAGGAAGUAACUACUGAAGACACAGACAUGGUAUAUUGCUUUCCCGGCACCCAAUAAUAGGGUGUCGGUCUUGUUUAUGUUCUGGGACUUCCUGUCGGUUUAUCCUCUGUGUUCGUCUGUGGAUUCUGUGAUGCUUCGGCAGAAGAUGGAGCAGAGCUCAUGCACAGAGGAUCGCAUCCAGCACGUCCUCGAGCGUUGCCUCUGCGACCUGGGUCUCGACACUCCUGACAAACAACUCUGGAACGCUGGGCUGUGCGUCAACCGCUGGUGUUUGGAGGAACUUGUGAAGAGAGAUCCUCGCAACUUCCUCAUCCUUCUACAGAAAAUACUGAGGAAAACAAAACAAGUGAUAGAGCAGCAUCAGUAUGAGCUGGUGGUGCCCCUCUCUCUCCUGUUCUCUUCUACCCUCCUAAAGGCUCCUUACGUGGCUCCGGACUGUGGCGUUGUGUGGGAGGCCUACCUGUUGUUCCGCAGUUUUCUGUCGUGGCCUGAGCCCUGCUGCUCCGCCAGUAAGCGCCUGCUGGGUAUCAUCCAGCAGGAGCUCAGAGCACCAGGUAUUUCAUUUCAAAGACUGGUGAGGACAGAGCAGUGGUUUUCCCCUGACAUUCACAGCUCUAAAACCCUGACGGUACUGUUAGUGAGCCCGGAUGAAGACGUCCCUCCAGAGGUCCAGUCGGUCUCUGAGCAGCUGAGCUGCACUCAGUCGUCCAACAGAGACGUUAUUAUCACGCUCAUCCAGCACAGCUUUCAGGCUGUUCUGGGCACCAAAUACCAGCUGCAGGCUCUUCGCACUGCCCUGCAGACAAAGCAGUCUGAGGAGUUGGAGCAGUUCCUGGCGACAGUGACAGAGAGCAUGGAGAUAGCAGCCUCCACAGCCGACUUCAGCACGGCGAGGCAGGGUCUACUGAACCGCAUGAAGAGGCUCAGGGAAAGUCUUGCUGUUCCUGUUGAAGCUGAUGACUGCCCAGACACUGGGACUGUUGAGACUUUCACGCUGCCUUCCCCCAAAUGCCACACGUGUUCUUGGGAGAACGACAACUUUGACUUUCUGAAUGACGUUCUCAGCAGCGCGUCAGACCUGGAUUCACCUGUGGACUGUUUCCUUAAAACAGAAGUAGAGGUGGAUGAUUUUAAUGACACCAGUGUGGAUGAGGAGGACGAGUUGGAGGGAAACAACGUGGACCAAGAGUUUCAAAACUACCGCAUCUCUACCGCAUCCUCUUCCUCUCUCUCCUCCAGCUGGUCUGUGCCAUCGGGCUCAUCGGGCGUGGACAGUGGCUUCGGCGAGGACACGGGGCAUGAGGACACAGAGGAGGGACAAGACAGCCGAACAACACCAGAAAGAAAGAAACCAAAAAAGAAGUCCAGGUCACUGUUAGGCAUAGAGCGCCUUUCCAUGCUGUUCAAGAAUCCCCGCAGCCCGAACGUUUGCCGCCGUGCCCAGAGCAUGGGUUAUCGUAGUGACUUCACCAAAGAUGUUCAGAGAACCGGGUCACUGCUCAAAAACUCCAGGCCCCUGUCCAGACAGGCGUCCGGCGCCACCGUAGAUCCUCUGUCCCCCCAGAAGCAUGUGUGUGUCCGCAGGAGGCCGAUCCUGAGCUGUGACGAGGGCGAUGUGGCACAAGUGCCCACGCUGGUCAAAGUGGUGGUGUUCGGAGGUGACAAAGAGGCCGGCAGGCUAGCCAGGGCCUACAGCGACCUGCAGCAGAAGGAGAGUACAUGUCCGAGACUCACCAAGACGUGCAAACUGCAGUUUUACUUUGUGCCCACCAAAAGGAGAAGUACAGGGAGUCCAGCAGGCCUCACACCAAGUGAAGGACAGACAGGAAGUUUAACCAAAGCGUCUAUGGAGAUGAGUGACCUUGUAGUGGAGGACAGUACGACACAUAUAGCCCAGAUGUUGGGCAUGGUGGAUCCCUGGUACGAGCGGAACGUCCUCAGUCUGCUCAGCCUGUCCUCUGACGUCCUCUGUCAGGCGGCCUGUAAGGACGGUGACGUCUCAGAGGGAAGUGGCAGCGUGGAGCGUCUUCCCCUGCUGGCUGAACUGGUGCUCUACUACUGCAGACAUGCAGACCAGCCUGUUCUGGUGCAGCUCUACCAGGCUGAGCUGACCCUGGCUGGAGGAGAACGGAGAAGGGAAGUGUUUGUUCAUUCUCUGGAGCUUGGGCACUCGGCUGGAACCAGAGCUGUAAAAGCCAUGGGUGCCGCCGGCAAAAGGUUCGGAAUCGGUGAAGAACGUCAGGCUGUCCCUUUAUCGCUGAGUGUGGCCUACAACAAGGUGGCUGUCAGUGGGAGGAGUCUGUGGACCCAGACGGAGAUAGUCUGCACAUCAAUUAACCUUCACACCGCCUGCAGGAAGCAUGAGCACCUAUGUGACGAUUCGAGAAUAGAGAGUCUGCAGCUGACAAUGACAGAAAUCCUGAAGAGGCACUGCUCCAAGUCUAAAAAGUGCUACAACCAGCACAUCUCGGUCUCAGAGGUGAAGGUGGACCAGGUGCAGGUGAGCGGUGGAGAUGACGGGACAACUUUCGCUGUGUGUCUGGAUCAGGAUGAGAAGAAGUUCAUCCAAAGUGUGACCAGGUGCGAGGUGUCCCUGUGCUGUAAACCGGGGAGCAGUUCAGACUGGAGGUCCUACAAGCCGCUGCCAGGCCAAGUCCAGCCUCUGCACCCAUCCUACUGCUCGCUGCUCUGCCUCCCCAUCACCUCCUUCUCUGCCUCGUAUUCCUGACACAGUCUACACCGCAGCGAACCACACCGGGGAAAUGAUACGCCCUGCCUUACUCACACAGGGAUGUUCGAACCGAAGCAGCGCCGGACAACGUCUGGAAACGAGUGCAGAGAAAACUUUGCACAGUGCUAAUAAAAAGCAGUGACAUUCGUCAAGCCACAUGCUGUGUAUUUCAGGUUUGCCCUCUAGCUGAAGUCAACGUGUCACACUAGGAGGAGGAGGAGGAGCUUUCUACUUCACAGAAGAAGGCCUACUGUGUAAUAAUUGCUGUUGGGGGUCUUUGAUUGAGGAUUUCACAGGGUCUCAAGGUCCCAGUAGGGCUUUGGGAGACAUCACUUGUUACAUAUGUCACAGCAGCAUAGCACUGAUUACUUGAUUACGAAUGUGUACGUUCCCUUUUUUUUUAAAGAAAUGUGUAAAAAUAUAUAAGCUAUAUUGUGAAGUGAUACUGUUUUCAAGACUGCGUUUCACUCUGUUUUCAUAUGAUGCAAGCAAAUAAAAUGUUUGUUCCAGUCA